AUAGCCGAUUCGAACCUGCGCAAGUUUUUGGAACUCACAAUUCCUCUCUUCUUCUUCUAAUUCCGGCAAUGUUUUCCGUCCGCUUCCCCCUCCCGAUCGACAACCUUAUACCGCCGCCUAAAUUCGUUUUCGGUUGCGCUUUUCCAAAGCCCUAUGUCUCCGACCGUCGCCGCUUCUCCAAUCUCCGACUGAGAGCGGCGGAUGUAGCCGCGCCGACUGCGGAGGAAGCGGCGUUGCCUGCGGGCCUGCAGAAGGAGUUCCUGCCGAGACACGUGGCGGUGAUUAUGGACGGAAAUGUGCGGUGGGCAAGGCGGAUGAAGUUGCCGGACUCGAAAGGGCACGACGCCGGCGUACGGUCGUUGAGGGAGAUGGUUGACCUAUGUUUGGAAUUGGAUAUUCCUGUACUCACCGUUUUUGCUUUCUCUUAUGAUAACUGGCUUCGCUCUAAGCGGGAGGUCGACUUUUUGAUGUUUUUAUUCGAAAGAGUUUUGAAGUCUGAGAUGGAAAAAUCUUCCAGGAAGGGAAUUAGGUUAUCGGUGAUUGGGGAUUUAUCGCUGCUUCCCAAAUCCCUACAGAAGCUAAUAAACACGGCGGUGGAAGAAACAAAAUCCAACACCAAACUCCAACUCAUCGUGGCGGCGAGUUACAGCGGAAGAUACGACGUCGUUCAAGCCUGCAGAAGCCUCGCCCGGAAAGUGAAGAACGACGAGAUCCAAGUGGAAGACAUCGACGACAGCCUGAUCGAACAGGAACUGGAAACGAAAUGCACGGCGGUUCCUCACCCCGAUCUCCUCAUCAGAACCAGCGGCGAACUCCGAAUCAGCAACUUCCUGCUCUGGCAAUCGGCGUACACCGAAUUCUUCUUCACCGAGACGCUCUGGCCGGAUUUCCGGAAACAGGAUUUCGUGGAGGCUCUGGUUUCGUAUCAGACCAGGCAGCGGCGCUACGGCGGAAGGCAGUCUUGAUUGAUUUCGUCUCCUCCGUUUUCCCGGAAACACUGGAUCAAAUAAAUACUCUUUUACUGUACACAUCAAUUGGUUAAUAGAAAUAUAUAUAUAUAUAUAUAUAAUGUUAACGACACCAUAGGAAAUGAAAGCAGAGAUGUAAUUUC